AUGGCUCCCUUAGGUGUUGGGAACUAUUUCGGUGUGCAGGAUGCAGUACCCUUUGGGAAUGUGCCCGUUUUGCCGGUGGAUAGUCCGGUUUUGUUAAGUGACCACCUGGGUCAGUCUGAGGCAGGUGGGCUACCCAGGGGGCCUGCGGUCACGGACUUGGACCUUAAGGGGAUCCUCAGGCGGAGGCAGCUAUACUGCAGGACUGGAUUUCAUUUAGAAAUCUUCCCCAAUGGUACUAUCCAGGGAACCAGGCAAGACCACAGCAGAUUUGGUAUACUGGAAUUUAUCAGUAUAGCAGUGGGCUUGGUCAGCAUCCGAGGAGUUGACAGUGGACUCUACCUUGGAAUGAAUGAAAAAGGGGAACUGUACGGCUCGGAAAAAUUAACCCAGGAGUGUGUAUUCAGAGAGCAGUUUGAAGAAAACUGGUAUAAUACAUAUUCAUCAAAUCUAUAUAAACACGUGGACACUGGAAGACGAUACUACGUUGCGUUAAAUAAAGAUGGGACUCCAAGAGAAGGGACUAGGACUAAACGGCAUCAAAAAUUUACACAUUUUUUACCUAGACCAGUGGACCCUGAGAAAGUACCAGAACUAUAUAAGGAUAUUUUAAGCCAAAGUUGA